AUGAGACCAAUUCUUUUACAAGCUCACGAACGUUCUUUAACUAAAAUUCGAUACAAUCGCGAAGGUGAUUUAUUAUUUUCAUCUGGAAAAGAUAAAAUUCCUUGCGUAUGGUAUUCAAUAAAUGGUGAACGUUUGGGUACAUACAAUGGACACAAUGGAACAGUGUGGACAAUAGAUGUUAAUUGGGAUACAACUGCAUUUGUAUCAGCAUCUGCCGACAGUACUGUUCGCGUUUGGGAUGUUCAAACAGGACGUGAAAGAAAUUCCUAUACACUUGAAGCACCAGCUCGAUGUUGUGCAUUCAGUUACGAUGGCAAUAGCAUCUUAUACACAAACGAUGACGUUAUGGGCAAAUCUUGUGAAAUGUAUUUGGCAGAUAUUCGAAUGAGACCUGCUGAAGGCCCAUCAGUUCGUAUAAAUAUCUCACAAUUAGGACAUCGCAAAGUAACAAGUGUACUGUGGGGUACAUUAGAUCAAUUUAUUAUAACUGGUCAUGAUAACGGUGAAUUAGUACAAUGGGAUAUCAAAACGCAAGAAGAUGUACGUAAAGAAAAGCCUCACGCAGCACAAAUCAUGGACUUACAAACAAAUCGUGAUUUAACAUUUUUUAUUUCAUCAUCUAAAGAUUGCACAGCUAAACUUUUUGAUGUCGAAACAUUGGACUAUUUGAAAACAUAUACUACCGAUCGCCCAGUAAACUCAGCUGCUAUGUCACCAAUUAAAGAUCAUGUAGUACUUGGUGGCGGUCAAGAAGCUAUUGAGGUCACACAAAGUGCAGCUACAACAGGAAAAUUCGAAGCUCGAUUCUUUCAUCUAAUAUUUGAAGAAGAAUUUGCUCGAGUUAAAGGCCAUUUUGGACCGAUUAAUACUCUUGCUUUUCAUCCGGAUGGCAAAAGCUAUGCAAGUGGUGGUGAAGAUGGUUUUGUGCGCAUACAUCAUUUUGAUAAUGAUUAUCUUGAUUAUGAUUUCUAA